AUGGAAGCAGCAGCAGCACCAAAAGCCUGCAGUCGCCCAGCUGCCGCGCUAUCGAAACUGUGGAAGUGCACCCCAGCACCAUGGACUAACAGCGAAGACAGCAGCAGCGACACGGAAAGCGGCUGCAGGAAUUCACCGCCUACGCGAAAACUGCAAAGCAGCCCACAUGCCAGCACCCUUCGUGGCAGGCAGUCUGCGCAUGCCAGUGCAGCGUCUCUCAGUAGCAGACACACCGCGAAAGGAGCUUCAAGUGCUCACCGAGUAUUUCCUGUAGAUGCCGCUCUAUCCAACUUUGAGGCUUUCUUUUAUGCGCCCUUCUCCGCAUCGGUCAAAGCGGUGCUGGCAGUUGCUGCUGACGCUGCUCCUGGAAUCGUUUCCCACCUUGCAGCGGCAGCUGCAGCGCCUUUUGUGUCGGAUGCCCCACCUCAAGAUACUGUUGCAGCAGUAGCAGCACUUGAGGAGGCCAUUUCUGCCUUGCUGCCUUUCGCCGAUGCCAUGGAAACUUGUCUUGAAAAUGGAAAAGGAGAAGGAGCAGCAGCAGCAGCAGCGCGCGAUGAGGAAGCUCUCCCAUCCACUGAUCAAGGGUGUGCACUUGACCAACUGGCAGACGCAUUGCUUAUUCUGUCUGCUUCAAAUCAAGCCGUGCAACGCGAAGGAUGGGAGCGCAUGCGUGCAGCGGUUGCUGUAGCGGGAGAAACGGCUGUCGUGGAUACCCCCGAAGCCGCUGCACCCUCAAGGGCCUGGCGUGUGGUGUCUGCAGCUCUCAAUCGCUGCAUGCAACGAGGAGGCCUGCUAGGAAUGCAUGCCGCGAUUGCAUACCUUAGGUUUCUAGGGUCCUUAUGUGAUGGCGAGGGGAUGCAGCUGGUGCUUCAGCAACUACAGCAACCUUUUGACGGCAAGGCGGCGUCGUGGCAGAAGCAGCUGCAGCAGCAUCAAGCGCUUUCCCUGCAGCCUUCGCAGCAGCAGCUGCGGCUGGCUGUCUGGCUGCAGCAGCAGGCGCUGCCCUCCCUGGCUGCUGUGCUGUCUCUCCAGCUGUGUCUGUGUCUGCAGCAGCUGCAGUCGCAGACUGUCUCCAUUUCUAGCAGCCGAGACGCCUUACGCCUCCUGCUGAAGCGCGCCGUGGACUUGUGGGGGAAGACACAGGGCUUCCAGAGAGAGGUCCUGCUGCUGGCACCUCUGCUGCUGCUGCUGCGCGUCAAAGAGCUGCGCAUGUCGCAUCUGCACAAGCAGCCGCAGAAGGUGCCCCAGCGUCACAGGCACCGGCACGAAGGGGGCAUUGCAUGUGACUUGCCAGGCUCCCUAACUCCUUUCGCUGAAGAUCCUCAAGAGCACGACUCCUCGAAGCUCCCACGUUCUCCAAGGCAGCUGCCAGAAGCGGAGCCCUUCUUCCUGCUGCCGCUGUACGAAGGAGGGCCUUUGGUGGACUGCCUCGCAGCAGCUGCAAGCGACGUGCUGCUACCCCUGCUGCCGCGUCUGCUGCAGGAGUAUCAGCAGCACCAGCUUGAGCCAAACGCAGCAAUUGCUGCCUGCACAGCAGACGAAGCAGGAGCCAGUGGGCCUGCGAAAGCCUCCCCCCAGAGGCUCGGAAGCGAAUACCGCCAGAAGAGGGGGCGACAGCAGCAGAUUGUCGGCCUUUUAGUGCAGAUAGUGACGCGUUGCAGUGAGCUGUUGAAGCCUGCUUUGUUCCUGCACCCCUUGCUGCAGCAGCAGGCACGUGCAUACGAGCUGCGUGAAAUUAGAGGCUCAGACAGUACACCUGACGAGAAUAGCGCUUCUUUCGCAGCAGCAAAGGGUGGCAGCAGCAAAGCAGAGCGCUUGACGUCUAUUGCCGCCGAGGAAGCUGCACGUUGUCUAGGGGACCCCAGUCCUCGAGAAGCAGCUGCUCUUUCUGAGCUGCAGCAGCAGCGCGAAUCUGCCGCAGAUCCUAUUGUGGCCUUUCUGUGUAGCUUCUGCUUUAGCUGUCUCCCCAGCAGCACGGCCUCCGCAGCCGCUGCAUCUGGGGUGUGUUGCACCCUCAUUAGAUGCUGCAUUCUCCAAGAAGCCGUGCAGCUGCGCAGCGAUAGGAGCGCUUGGCUAUUAUGGGAAAUGGGGCAGCAGCAGGAGGAAGAGCCGCAGCGCAUGCAGAACGACGGGGGAGUGCUGGAGCGUUUCUUGAGGCUGGCGGUUGUGCCCUUGCUGCGUGCUGCUCGCCUUAGCCACCGCCUCCUAGGGGUAGAGCUGCUGCAGCAGUUGCUGCAUGCGCCCUUAUCCAGCAGCAGCUACCCUUGCAGCGCAAACGGCAGAGGCCGCUCCAGCGGCUUAGAGCGGCCUCUGCUGUUUGCGUCUGAGGACAGCGGCACGCUGCUGUCGCCCCUCCUAACGGAUGCAACACAAAGCGACAGGCAUGCGCUGCUUCUGCAGCUACUGGUGCCUUUCUCUGCGGCAUUGGAAGACUCCCAGCCGCUUAUUCGGGCCAGAGCCGUUGAGGCGCUGCCGAAUAUUUGCGCCGUCCUUCUGCGUUCUGCAGCUGCAGCGCCAGCAGGCGGAGGAGCCGUUGGAGACACACGCUUGCAGAGCAGGCAGCUACAGCUGCUGCAGCUGCUGCUAAGGCCCUCCAUCAUAGAAGGCCUCAAAAACAGCUGCCUAGACCACAGCAAGACAGUCGUGCGGCGCGCCGGCGUGUCAGCGCUGCAGCAGCUGUUGCCGCUGCUGCUGCAGCACCUCACGCUGCUGCGGGUGCUGCCCGAACACUUCACGGCCUUCGCAGAGGGGGAGGCUGCUGCGCGAAGCCUCACUGAGCAUGCAGCUGCGGCGAUACACGUACAGGCAGCAGCAGAAAGGACGAUUUCGGGUGCUAUCGACCCUUCAGGGUGGAGUGUGUUUCGCCUUCUCGGUUGGAAGCAAAUCGCAACACGCUGCAGAGACAAUUCGGUCCUAGUGAGGAGGCAAGCCAUGGCUGCGCUGCACACAUUCACCACCGAGGCCCUUCACAAGCUGCUCGAGGAGGGGGAGCAACAGCUCAUGUUUGCAAACAACGGGCAAGACGGCUUGCAGCGGAUGCAGAGGGAGCAGCGUUUGCACGAGGGUGCAGGGCAGUGUGAGCAGUGGACGCAAAAGGAGCAUCAGCUUCAGGUGCAGCAGCUGCUGCAACAACAACAGCAACAGCAGCAGGCGCAGCAGCAGCAGCAUCAAGAGGAGAACUUGCAGGUCCAACCCCCGAGUGAGGCUGCUGCUGCUGCUCGGUCUGCUGUCGCUACCGCGCUGGUCGGCGGCAUCUGCAGUGCGUGGAGGAACUUUAUAUUGCACGCAGCAACAGCUGCAGACGAGGAGCCGAUGGUCAGAGAGAAGGCUUUCGAAUUGACAGAGCAGCUGUUGCACUCCGACGGAAGCACCAUGAGUAGGAGUUGCAGUGCAACGGGUGAAGCAGCAGCAGAUGCAGCAGCAGACCUGGUUAUAUGGCGCUCGACAGACGAGCAGCUUCGAAACUUUAGGGUAUUCUAUGCAGCUUCCUGCAGCAAAAGGAACGGGAUCGCUGCAGAGGUUCUUGAGGCGUGUAUUCGCAGCGUGUGUGCGCCUAAUGUUGCUGUGAGGCGGCUUCUGCAGCUGCAGGGGUUUUUGGACUGGGUGAAUGAGAGUUCGACAAAGGCGAGCGCUGCCGCUGCAGACAGGCCCGUCAAUAAAAUGCCUGCGUGCGGUGCAAAACGGGCAGCAGAAGCUGCGGAAGCAGUCAUUGCAGCGUGGCGGCAUGUGGCGACUGCGGUGCUGCAGCAGGAGCAGCAAAAAUGCGCUGCUCAACACGGCCCUGACACGCUGCAGCAGGAGCAGUCACACCGCAUGCAGCAGCUUCCCUUGAGCGAGCUGCUGCACACGAAGGCUUCGCUGCUGCUGGAAGCUGUGCAGUCUGCAUCUAGAUUUGCUUCCGGAACCACGAGGGCAGCUGCUGCACAGGAGCUGUUGAUGCUGCUGUCUCGGCAGCUGCUGCCAAUCGAUCUCGUGGCUCCCGCAGUACAGACGCUUUUUGCAGUGUCUAUAGACCUUCAGUACUGCUCAGCAUCUGCAUCCUUCUUCAUGCGUGCUCAAAGGCAGCAGCCAAACGAUUCUUUGGGAUGCAGCUGGACAGCAGCGCUGCUACAGUGUACUCGGGAGGGCCUUCAGCAGGAGCUGAAAGGCAUGAUACACCGUGCAGCAGCGGCCUUUCUGCAUGGCAGCGCUGCAGCAGCAGCAAGUGGAGAAGAGCUGAUAGUGCUUCUUCCAGACGAUGAAGUCUUUUGCAGACAUCUCGUGUUAGCUGGAGAGUUGGCUCUGAUGGGGCUCCUACGACUGGAAGAGGAUGUAGCAAAGGUCGUGCAGGCGCUUGUGCUUGACAAGCUGCCUUCAGCUAUCCAGAAGGUUGCGGAGUCGGGACUGACGUGGAAGCAGGAUGCACCGCCUUGCACCCGCAGAGAUUCUUCCGGCCUUGACACAGUUUUGACAGCAGCAGCGGCAGCAACGCCCCCGAGAAGAAGGACCCCGCCUCGCUUCGGAGGACUAUUCGAUAGAGAUGAUACUUCUGUCAGUCGCAACACCAACAGCAGCAGCAUGACCACCACCCCCACCGACUCUCCUCAAGCGGCUGCGCUUGUUGCCUCCGCUUUGUCUCCCUUCGCUCCAUUGCGUUCGCACAACUCCACCGAGCCGCAGAGCAAGAGACGCAGGCCAGCGUCCUCUCUCCAGCAGCAGCAUCGCCGGCAGCUUGCGCCUCUCCCGCUGCGUGUAAGGGUGGUGGCUGUCCAUGUGCUGGGGAAGUUGGCAGUUAGUGCGGGAUGCGUGCCGUCCAGUGCUUCUGCGCCUGCUCUCUCAAAUGCCUCGAAAAAAGGCCUUGUCGCGGGGCAGCAACAGUUGUUGCAGCUCGCCGUGGAGCUUCUGGCUGCGCAGCUGCAUCCAGACGAACCCCAUCUGGUUCGACUUAAUGCCGUUGUGGUGCUCAGCGAUGUGCUGCAGCGUCAUGGGCAGCUUGCGGACAAAGUUCUGCCUCUCAUAGUUUCUGCAAUAGCUUCAGAUGGAGAAGCGUCUUUUAGCCCUCAGACAUCCGCGGCAAGCGCCUUGGGGAUGCCCCUUAAACCAAUCAGCAACACGGGAGUAGUGGCCCCUCUGAGGAAGAUGGCAUUGGUGUGCUUGUCUCGACUUUUGACAGAGGAUUUCGUGAGAUGCAAGGGAGAGGUUGUUCUCGGGCUGCUAGUUAGUCGAGUUUUAUCCCCGUGGCUCGAUGCGGAAGGAGAGAGCGAUUUAGGGGCAUCGUGCAGCAUCACACCGCUGGCAAUACCUGAGUCCUCCAAGGAACCGCUCGGGUGUCUGCUGGAGGACACGUUUCUGCUGCUCGCGUCGACAGACUUGCGCCUCAAGAUAUCCAAAACUGCCGAGGCAGCACUGUCCACUGAAGAGGGCUCCCGCAGCAAGCCUCCCACCAAAGGAGGCCCCCGCAGGCCUCAGCGAGGGGCCUCGCUGCAGAUUGCAUCCUGCGAAACUGGCGUGGCAGGCUUUGUUGCGGCAAUGAUCCGGCGGGUGCUCCAGACAGAGGUCCUGCCGGUCCUUAAGUCUCUGGACGCGCUCUUUAGAGCUAGACGAUCUCCGUUCCAGGAAGCCUGUAUGCGGGCCGUAUGCUGUCUCCUUAGAGACUACAGAGACGAGCUAGAAGACCUCCUAGGAGACGAGACUCUGGCUAGGGAGGUCAAAGAGCAGCAGCAGCAACUCCUUCCUGAAUCCUUUGGGGAGGCGUCGGCUUUAGAACUGACAGAGUGGGCUGCAAGCUGUCCUCUCCCUCUAUGA